AUGCCUGUCAUCCCUAUCCCACGGCGGGUUCGCUCUUUCCACGGGCCCCACACGACCUGCCUGCAUUCGGCCUGCGGGCCAGUCCGGACCACCCCCUUGGUGCGCACCAAGUACAACAACUUUGACAUCUACCUGAAGUCCCGCUGGAUGUACGGGGUGAUCCGCUUCCUGCUGUACUUCAGCUGCAGCCUGUUUACCUCCGUCCUCUGGGUGGCGCUGGCGGCCUUGUUUUGCCUCCAGUACCUCAGCAUCCGGUUCUUUCUCCGCUUCCAAUACAAACUCUCUAUUGUCCUGCUGCUGAUGGGAAGGCGGCGGGUGGACUUUAGCCUGGUCAACGAAUUGCUCAUCUACGCCAUUCACGUCACCAUGCUGCUGGUGGGUGGGCUGGGCUGGUGCUUCAUGGUGUUUGUCGAUAUGUAAAUAAAGGUGGGGGAGAGCCAGAGGCAGGCUGACCCUUGGCCUGGGGGGUCAGGUCCAUCUCUGAUCCUCCACUCUCCUCCU